AUGAACGAGACAAUCGUCGUGACGUUUUGUCAGUGUUCGGACUUAAUAUCAAGAACUUUGAUGAUAGCCACGGCUAUGAUUGGAAGCAUUUUUGGCAAUGGCAUAAUUUGUAUUUUAUUUAUUCGGUUCAAGACGUUGCGUACAGUGCCAAAUAUCCUGAUCGUCAAUUUGGCCAUCAUAGACAUCCUCAAUGGACUCACUAACAUGCCUCUCUUCAUCAUGUGGCACAUUUGCAAGGUGUAUUUCCUCAAGGGUCGUGCACUUUCGUGGUUCAUAGUGACAUGGUAUGUGCUGUUCAUGUACCUGACAGUGGUCAAUCUCACUGUGCUUACAUUGGACCGAUUUGGGGCCAUUGUGUUUGGCUUUCGCUACCAUUCGUGGAAGACGUUAAAAAAGGGAAAAAUAGCAGUACUCUUCGUUUGGGUUCUUGCGGCUGCUUACACGUAUGGCAUGUUUAUACUGGGGCUUAACUUUGAUAUUGGAGAUGCACCUGUGCUCGAGUACAGGAUACACUACUUAAAAAACUUUGGAAGAUAUUUUAUUGUUCCUGGUUAUCUGGUUCCAUUCUCUAUCAUGCUUAUUUUGGGAGUCAUGAUUUGGCGCACGGUAUGCAACCAUAGAAGGAGGUUGUCGACACUCUAUCCACAUUUAAAGCAAGUUAGAAGUGAUGUUAAGACGGCCAAGACAAUUGCCCUGACUGUAUUAGCCUUCCUCAUUCUUGGUGUUUUGCCAAUGGCGUUACACAGCGUCGCAAGAAAGCACGGAACUUGGCUUAAUUUCCUUGCGUAUUUUCUUAUGGAUUUGAACAGCAUGGUUAAUCCUAUCAUUUAUUCGCUAAGGACUCGAAGGUAAGCUCGCUUCCUUUUUAAAUAUCCCACUGCGGUGGUUUUGUCUUGUAAUUGACUUUCACUAUACAAUGAGAAAGAGAUUAGAUUUUGCAUAAAAAAAUUUUUACUUUGUUGUGUUGUCUUUAAAAUGCUUGCUUAUACCUUUUUCUUCUUACUUCCCUUAUAAUUAAUUCAAACUGAGUGUAUUGCUAACCGGAAAGUUAUCUAUUGAUGUGUAACACGUUAUAUAAUAAUAAAAAGCGUGCUCGAGAUUUAUACCGCGUGAUUGUCGAUGAGGGCGAAGUGCAAAUCAUUUGACACGCAUAGAAAUCAAGAGCGAUUUGUUUUUUUUUUUUGUUUUAUCCUAGGGAUACUAAUCGUUCAAAACCUAACAAGAUUAACGUACCUUUUCAAAGAGGCUAUAGUUUUCAUCGAAUAUUGAGACACAUAUAUGACGCACAUGAUUCUCAUUUUUUCCAUGGUGGCUCUCCCCCACAUACUCACCUUUUCCAAUCUUCCUCAGGAAUUUUCUUUAGGACUGUUAAAUUUUAUAACGAUUAACCAAUAAAUGCGUUUUUUUCUAAUAUCUAACAGGUUUCGCAAGGCUUUUUUGCUGCUUCUUAAAGAUCCUUUUGGCACCUCACAACCGCAUAUGACAUCCGUGUCACUACAGCAGAAGAAAAAUACUCGAAACACAUGAAAGCACAACAGUCAAGUUAAGGACGUGAAAACAACGAGGAGAUGUUAAAAUAUCGAUGUCCCCAUUCGAUGAAUUCA